CCUCCCAGGGAAGCUCCACCCUCGCCUGCCCUCGGUAGGGGCAGGACGUCCCCAGCCCUGCCUGCCAGCGGGAGGCGGGGACAGGAGGCUCGGACAGACAGACCCAGACCCGACCGGCCGACCAGCUUGGCUCGGGCGGCUGCCACCCAUGGGGAACAGCCACUGCGUCCCUCAGGCCCCCCGCAGGCUCCGGGCCUCCUUCUCCAGGAAGCCCUCGCUGAAGGGGAGCAGAGAGGACAGCGCGAGGAAGCUGGCUGGCUUGUUCAGCACCGAGGCCGCUCACGACAGGGACGCCGCUGCCGCCGACAACAAGCUCUUCCGUUACAUCCCGGGGACGGACCUCCCGGGCCUGGACAGUCAGCCGGAACCCCUGGAGCAGCCGUUCCUGAGCGUGUUCAAGAAGGGGCGGCGCAGGGUGCCCGUGAGGAACCUGGGCAAGGUCGUGCACUACGCCAAGGUCCAGCUGCGGUUCCAGCACAGCCAGGACGUCAGCGACUGCUACCUGGAGCUGUUCCCCUCCCACCUGUACUUCCAGGCCCACAGCGCCGAGGGACUCACCUUCCAGGGGCUGCUACCACUGACAGAGCUGAGCGUGUGCCCGGUCGAAGGGUCCCAGGAGCAUGCCUUCCAGAUCACAGGCCCGCUGCCCGCACCCCUGCUGCUGCUCUGCCCCAGCGAAGCGGAGCGGGACCGCUGGCUCUACCACCUGGAGAAGCAGGUGGCCCUCGUCAGGGGGCUGCGGCGCUGCCACUCAGCAGCCCCGCAGGUCAGUGCCGGGGACCCCCUACCCUGGACGCUGCAGCGCCGUCUGAGCCGGCUGCGGACGGCCUCGGGGCGCGAGUCGGUGGGCAGUGCCCUCUGCGCCUCCAGGGUCAGGCUGCAGCACCUGCCCUCCCAGGAGCAGUGGGAGCGGCUGCUGGUCCUGUACCCGGCCUCGCUGGGCAUCUUCUCGGAGGAACCAGACGGGCUUUGCUUUAAGGGCGAGCUGCCGCUCAGCGCGGUUGACAUCCGGCCGGAGGAGGAGGAGGAGGCCCACUCGUUCCUGAUUGAAGGGCCCCUCAUCAACACCAUCCGCGUGGUGUGCGCCAGCUACGAGGACCACAGCCACUGGCUGUCCUGCCUGAGGACUGUCUCCGGCAGGGACCCGCACCUGCGGUCCAGUGCAGAGGGUGUUCCGGGGCACCAGGUGCCCCCACAGGUGAGGCCCUGGGCAGGGGCUGGGCGGGGAGCGUCCGGCACGGCUCACCCUGGUGCUAGGCCAUGGGCGGCAGCUCACUCCCCAGACGGACGGGCCAGCCGGGACUCAGGACGCCUGGAGCCCCCGUCCACCCGCACCAGCCACGCCCUGCCUGGGUCCUCGGUGCCGUCCCCGGCAGGCUGCCCGGCCCAGCCCGCGCCCGACCAGGCUAGCCCUGGUGGCACCAGCAUUAGCCGUCGGAGGGCAGAGCUGAGACGCAGUGGCAGCAGCCGGUCACCGAGGAGCAAGGCCGGGGCAGAGGGGCCAGGCGCGGCCGCCCCACAGCACCUGCGCCUGGACCUGACCGAGCUGAGCAGGCUGAGCCGGGAGGGUGGCCCUGAGGCCCCAGACCACACCCUGGAGACGCCACACUCCCCACUCUACGCUGACCCCUACACGCCGCCCGCCACCUCCCACCGCAAGGUCACAGAUGUCGGGGGCCUGGAUGAGAUCCUCAGUGCCCUGCGGAGCUGCCCCGGACCUGCGCCCUCGAGCCCGUUCCCCUCCGUGCCCGUGUCUGUGCCCGUCUCUGACCCCGGCUCCGGCCCCUCCCGCGCCCCCGGCCCCCCCGGCCCCAACUUGCUCUCCAGGAAGGGGGCCCUGCCGUCCCGAGCCUCCCAGAGGCACCGAGGCUCUGUCAAGGGUGGGGGGCCGCAGCCCCCGGACUCUCCUCGGCUUGUCGCCGCUGCCAGGGAGGGCUCCCCGGCACCCCCGCCGCCUCCGCCAGCGGACGGCAGGUCCCCCAGGAGGUGCCAAGGCCCCGGCUACGACAGUAUCUGGGACAAGACGUCGUCUCCCUCCCAGCAGACGUGGGUCCGGCUCGGGGAGCCUGGGGCCGAGGGGACGGUCAUCCAGUGGAUCUGACGCCCACAGGGCUGCCGCUCAAGACCACCUGUGCCCACGGGCCAGGCCACCCGGGACCCACCUCAAAUUCCGAGUCAGGGGCUGACUCCAGAGGGGCCAAGGGGGUCCCCAGAGCCCUGGGUUCAGAGGGGCCCUGGCCCUGGCCUGGCUCCCCUGCUCCCCCGCAGCGGGAGGGCCUCUCCCAGGAUGCCCGGCUGGCGUGGCCAGACCACAGGGCAGGGGCGGCUCUG